AUGCACAAUCAUAAGAAAGGUGCCAUUAAAUGGUUUGGGGAGACAGAGGGGACUUUCCUUGUGGCAUUCAGAGGAGAUGGGUGCCCUUUUGGAAAAAAUGAAUCUGCAUGCUCAUUCCUUGUUAGUUUUUUAAAUGUAGGGAAACAAGUUGCAUCUUGCAGUGACAACUUUCUAGUAUUUGGUGGUAACAUUGAGGAGUCCUCUCAUAUUGUUAAGAAGUAUGUGCAAUCUGUAUACAAACAGAUUGCAGACUUGGAAGGAAAGAUAUUUGAAAUUAAUGGAUUUCAUGUAAAGAGCUACCCCAAUGAUCUGAAAAUGUUGGCAAUGCUAGGAGGUGAACUAAGUAAUGCUUCCGCAUAUUUUUCUACCUUUGCUAAUGCCAGCAUUAAGGACUAUACUGACUUGGAGGGUACACUUGGAUAUGAUACCAAGUGCAAAUGGAAGCCUUAG